UGACAUAUGUUUUGAUGUAACAUGGCGCCUUUAAUUGUCAGAGUGUAACAAAACUUCUAGAAGAAUGUACAAUUUUUCGAAGUAUUGAACUUGGAACCCAACACAGAAUGCCAGUUGAUAUAAAUCGAUUGACAGAAGGUUGGCUAGAAUUGGAAAGUGACCCAGGUUUGUUUACACUAUUGCUAGAAGAUUUUGGAGUGAAAGGUGUACAGGUAGAGGAAAUAUAUGACUUGCAGAAAUCAUUGGAGGGUCCAGUAUAUGGAUUUAUAUUUUUGUUUCGCUGGAUAGAGGAGAGAAGGUCCAGGCGUAAAGUUGUAGAGCAAGAUGAGAGCUUUGUAAAAGAUGAGGAGAUCGUUAACAAUAUAUUCUUUGCGCAACAGGUUGUGCCCAAUAGCUGUGCAACUCAUGCACUGUUGUCAGUGUUACUUAAUUGCCCAAAUAUUCAUUUGGGUACAACUCUAUCCAGAUUGAAAAUGCACACAUCAGGUAUGUGUCCAGAGAACAAAGGUUGGGCAAUUGGAAACACCCCUGAAUUAGCGUGUGCUCAUAAUUCGCAUGCAAUGCCCCAAGCCAAGAGACGCCAAGACAAAAAUACUGGAGUGUCCACUGGUAGAUUCACUGGGGAAGCUUUCCAUUUUGUUAGUUACGUACCAAUCAAUGGCAGACUGUUCGAAUUAGAUGGCUUGAAGCCGUAUCCUAUGGAUCAUGGCCCAUGGAAAGAACACGAGGAGUGGACUGAACAAUUUAGGCGUGUGAUAACCGAUCGUUUAGGGAUGGCAACAGGGGAGCAAUUACAGGACAUAAGAUUUAAUUUAAUGGCAGUUGUUCCUGACCGUCGGUUGGCUAUAUCUCAUAAAUUAACUAUGUUAAAGACUAAUAGACAAAUAGUACUAGAGGCAUUACAACAACUUGUUAAGUUAAGUCAUCAAGACGGGUCCGAAAAGAACGUAAACGACUCUGAUAAGUCGGAUAAGCACUACGAGAAAAAGAGCAAAACCGACGACGAUAAUGUUUUACCUAAUAAAUCAGAAAUCGACGACUCCUCCGUGCCAGCUAUUACUGUUGAAAGAAAUGAUGCUGCAGGGGACAUGGAGGAAUCAGGGUCGGGCAUAACUUCUGGCAAGACAGAAUCAAACGGUAUGGAAAAGGUAGUAAUGUGUGCAUUGGACUAUGCAACUCCACUUCGAAUUCAAACUUCACCAGCCCACAGCUCUUCCAGUACCGACACAUCUUCAGAGAUCGGGUCCGCGUUUAAUUCUCCAACUCAAGCAUGGGGGUGGAAUUCUGGCCAAAGCAGUCCCACGUCCACGAAAGACUUCAAAAAAUUUGUGGUGAUUAGGGUAGCUGGGGAUGAGAAGCACGAGGCUGGUUUGAGUCGAUCUCUGGGAAACAUCAAUAUAAAUGGUAAAAGACUAGUUUCCGACAGUGGUCACCUGCAUAAAAAGGUCUGUUUAUCUGGAGAAGUUAGGAUACCUCAUGCUAGAGUAAAGACCAGCAAUGGUGACACAGUUACCGAGGAGAAAAAAGUUGAAAAAAUAGAUCCAAAAUUAUGUUCGAAGUAUCCGGAAUUGUUUGAACCUCACACGUUCGCACCUAAAGAUCUUUUAGCGUUGUUGAAGAACCUGGAGCACGAAAUAAGUAUCUGCGAGACUAGUUUGAAAGACGAAAACGACAAAAGGAACAAAUACAAGAUCGACGAUUGCCGCAGAACACACAAUUACGACGAGUUCAUUUGUACCUUCCUUUCGAUGCUUGCUCAACAAGGUAAAUUAGCGGAACUGGUUCAACAGCACUUGACCUUAAAGAAGCACACUUCUGUGUCGGUGAACAGGGUUCACAGAUCUUCAAAGAAGACGGACACGCGUCCGAACUCUUCUCGCAGACGACGAGGAAGAACCAAAUGCAAGAAACGAAAAUAAUGAAUAUUAAGACGGAGAAUCGAAGGCGUCCCACUCAUGGAAUUGUCAAUAUUGAAAAUUAUUGAAGAAGAAUCGCUGCAAGCGCAUAGUUUUACAAAGAUAAAAUAUAAAAGGAAGAUCGUACGAUUGUUAAAGCGACUUAGUUGCACUCGAUGCUACUUACCUGUUGCAUUAAUGAUGCCGGACGAUCAUUUCUUCGUUUUCUUUCACACGAUUCAGAAAUUCCUAACGAAAAAUGAAGUCUUCUCCGAGACAAUCGUAGUAGAUUCGUCGGCUGUGCUGGCCACGCACCUUUCGUUCUCAAACUCUUCGGACCCCUUGCACGAACGACAGUUAUACUUUGUAACUGUACGAACCAUCUUUACGGUAUAUUUUUUAUAUUUUUCCUCGUAUUAACGCGCGAUGCCGUUUACCGGCACACGCAUAUUUAUGGAAAUUGCGAGCCCACUGGGUACCCUUUUUGGGUACCCAUCAAUAAGUUUUAUCUUUACAUUUUGUUUUCAUAUGAAAUAUAUGGUUUCCUAGAUACCAA